GUAUACUCAGUGCCCACCACCUCUCGCUCCCCUACAGGCGGUGGUCUACUCCCUGGGCGGCGCUGCAUGGGAAGUGUACCGGCAAGGCCUCACGCAGCUAGUACCGCGGAUUCAGGAGGUAGGUGGUGCCGCGGGACGCUGUGCUGUGGGUAAGUCGUCCAUCACUGGAGUUCCGGGAAGCACUAAUGCACUCACUGCUACCUGAAAGCCUCAAACUCAUGCCUCCUCUCUCAAAACUCUUUCUGGCGUGUGCAGGUGUACCCGGGCUGGAGCAUGAGGGUGUACGUUGACAACACCAGCGCACCCUACUCGUGGGCCUGCCCCCUGGCCUGCCAGUACCCACACCUGGACUUCUGUGACGUUGCCCGCCUGCCAGGUAAUGAGCAUACACCUCAGUUUGUCAUGGUAACCCCAGCACCUUGGCUGACCAGGACGUUGUGUCGCACAUAAAAAUUUUCAUCUGUCAAAGAAGAGAGAGUUGGUGUAUUAGUCAGGCCGUCAGUGUCAGUCAGUCAGGCGGGUCAUCAGUCCCUGGGGCACCUUUGUCUGAAGAUGGGGCUGGUGCCUUCCAGGGCUUGGUGACGUGAGCGGGACGCAUCCGCGUGUGUGGAGGUUCGCAGUGUUCGGAGACCGCCUGGUGCAUCGGUACAUGUUGCGUGACGCCGACUCGCCCUUGCUGCUGCGGGAGGUAGCGGCCGUGGACCAGUGGCUCCGUGGAGGCAGGGUGAGGACCGUGAGGUUACACGCACCCAACUCAUCCAGCACACCACACACCCACCAGUACCCAAACACGGCGUGCUGUUACCAUGACUCUCCCUUACAUCAUUCUUAUUCCAAACUCAACCUCCAAGGCUGCUCAGAGUCUGGAGAAAACUCAUUCUCAUGUAACCUACAGGAUGUUUCGUAACGCACGAUGACGUUGGGAAUCAUAAAGGUUCAGUGCUUCUUCCUCUCUCCGCAGUGUUACCACGUCAUGCGAGACAACCCCUUCCACGCCGCAGCCAUCCUGGCGGGCUUGUUCGGCGGCUGCACCUCCUGGCGACACUCUGUGGCGGAGGCGGCGCGGGACGCGGCCUUCUGUGAGCCGCACGGGCCCGGGGGUGACCAACACAUCCUGAGGUCGCUGGUGUGGCCCGCAGCCCAGCACAACGUCACAAUGCACGACUCCUUCAGGUGCCACAAGUACCCUACCGCUCUGCCCUUCCCGACGCGGAGAGUUAACUUCACUUUCGUGGGCAUGAGGUCGUACCGAAAGAUGUACAGGUGGGAAAGACUCACGGCGGAGUGCCCACGCGCCUGCCGCCCCAAGGAACACCCGGACUGGACGCAGUGUUGAAGGUUGAGGCCACACAGUGAUUGGCUCCUGCGUGACUACAAGGCCGCCAUCAAACACUGGGCGCGGCGAGGCAGGGGCCCGUUGUGCAACAUACUGACCAUGCUGCCUUUUGCCCCCUCUCUUGAGGCCUUCACCAAGGACAGCCAUACAAUACUCUCCUCAACUAAGAAGACACGGUGUUAGCUGUAAAUUAAUGCCUUUGUAUACCAUAUAAGUACAGUAUUUAUUCCUAUUUUGGGGAGUGCAGUCAUGUUUUGUGACCCAAGUAUGGAUAAUACACUGAAAAAUCCCUAUCAGAAUUACAACCACAUGCAUAACAGAUUGUUCCAUGACCGCGUUGGCGGGCUGUCUUGAAUUUUGUCUUCCACAAGUCACUUCAGCUGCAGUGAAUUCAUCAUGCACUUCACCUGUUACUGUUUUCCACAUCCACCUCCAUGAUGAGAGUAUUCCCAGCUAAACCUCCGCCUCAUCCAUCUUCAGGCAAAGAAUUCCUUCACAGGCUCUCGCUGCAUUUAUUCCCUCAACCUCACCAUGACUGUGUUGGGGAUUCUCGUGCCUGGCCAGUGACUUCAGAGUCCUGAUUGCCUUACGAGGUGUGCUUGACUAGCAAUGGGAAAACCGAUUUAUUAAACUGUGAACUUUAGUUUGCAU